UUGUUCAUGCAGCAAUUGGAAAGCACAAGUUUUAAUUUUUCGAAUGCAUAAGUAAUUCAAAUUUUCUGGGUAUUUUCCAUCAAUAGAUAGAAUAUUCUGGAAUUGGAAUGAGAUGGACCCGAAUAGAGCAGAAUGGAUAUAGAAAAUUCAUAUAGCUGACACCAACUAGUUUGGAUUGAGGCAUGAAAUUGGAAUCUUUUUCAUUUUAUUUCGUCAAUUUUGGAUAAGAACUUAGAAAUCAAGUUUCAUUCAAAUUAGUAAAUAAAGUAAUUGUUUUGACGAAGAAGAUGUGACUGUGGGAGCUUCGGUCUAGUGGUAAGAGCGCAACACGUGAAGUGUGUUAGGCUCACAUCACGGGUUCAAAUCCUAAUGCAAACAGAAAGCCUGGUUUUUGAAUGGAGAAAGAUAAUUUAAAGCUGGCUUACUCUGCGGCUGUCAACAGAAGGCAGCUGUUCUUGAUAAGGUGUUUGGGAGGUUCUGCUGGGAAAAAGAACUUUAAUUUUCAGAGUAUUAGAAUGCAAUCUGUAAUGAGUAGUGGACCAAGCUUGGAGGCUGAUGCUGUCAGCAUUUUGAGAUCAAUAAUUCCAGGCCUUGAAUCAACUAAGCAUAAAGGCCAAGCUG